UUUCCCUGUGAGAUCUUAGCUUAGCUGCAGCAGCUAGCCGCCAGUCUGCUUUAUACAUCCGCGGGACUGACAGAGGGCAACGACGUGAUGGAAAUUGACUCGCUCCAAGAGGCGCUCAGAGACUUUGAUAAAAAAUCGAAGAAGGAGGCAUGCCCUCUUCUGGAACAAUUUCUAUGUCAUGUUGCCAAGACUGGAGAGACCAUGGUUCAAUGGUCUCAAUUUAAAAGCUACUUCCUAUUUAAGUUAGAGAAGGUGAUGGAUGACUUCAGAGCCUCAGCGCCUGAACAAAGAGGUCCUGCAAAUCCCAAUGUGGAGUCAAUUCCAUUUGAUGAUAUGAAGGAGAGAAUUCUGAAGAUUGUGAAUGGAUACAAUGGAAUCCCAUUUACCAUUCAGCGCCUGUGUGAGCUGCUGACAGAACCCAAGAGGAACUACACAGGAACAGAUAAGUUUCUUCGGGGAGUGGAGAAGAACGUAAUGGUGGUCAGCUGUGUACAUCCAAACUCCGAGAAAAAUGGAUGCAGUGCCGUCAAUAGAAUGAAUGGAGUGAUGCUUCCUGGAAACACAUCUGCCUUUACAGAAAGGAAAGUUAACGGUCCAGGAACUCCCCGACCGCUGAAUCGACCGAAGUUGUCUCUGGCUACCUCACUAGCUGCUAAUGGUCUGCCCGACAGCACAGAUGGCAAAGACCUCAAUCCAGAGCAAGAUGGAGAGGAAGACACCAGUGAGGUUUCUGCCUCAGAAGCCUCCCUGGGCAGCUCUGUGAAGAACAAACACCCAGACACAGAAGAGGACAUGGAAGCUGAGCAGCUGGAGGUGAAGAGAUUGAAGUUCACCAAGGAAGAUGAAGAUGAGGAGGAUGAGGAUGAUGAAGAGGAAGAGCAGGAAGUGGACUCACCGAGGCCCUCGCACGCCUCUUGCCUCUCUAAAGAGGCAGAAGCCAUGGUCCAAGAGGAAGAGGAGGAGGAGGAUGAAGAGGAGGAGGAGAAGGUUGGGUACAGCAAGGAGAAUGAAGCUUCCAGCAGUGCUGCUGCCACUGAAGACCAAGAGCCAACGAGCAGCACACAAGCUGAAGUGUGUUCAGGCUCCGGUGAGGAACUGGAGCAGGCUGAGAGGGAGGUACCGUGCGGCUCCCAGGAUGAGGCCAAUGACAUGGAUCAGACUGAACAGCAGGCACCUGCAGGCGUCCUGGAGAGCCCCGAGACCAGCAGGGACAGUGAGGAGAGUAACAGUGACCCAGUCAGCAGCAGUAGUAGUAGCAGCAGCAGCGGUAGCAGCUGUAGCAUAGAGGAUGGUGCAGAAGCAGGCAGAGAAGACGUAGCUCUCGCUCCCUCCAGCAGUACGACUGAACCUCCCACAGAGGCCGCCAUGGAAAGUGCCACCUCGAACACUGGGACCACCGAGGAGCCUAUGGAGCAGGACUAGACUAAAACCAGGUCCUCCUGCUGCCUCAUGUGACCACAAACCAGCUUGUCCUUGAAUCCAGCUUGACUGUCACUGGAAACGAGGACAACUGCUCCUCUGACACAAGACGAACGCCUCGUCCCUUUUUUGGACACUUCUCCAAAAUGGCUACCUGGCAUUGAUGUGGGCAUAGAAAAACAUUUUUGUUUGAAGGCUUUUUUUUUUUUUUACUGGAAUAUUUUAUUGAUCUUCAUAUCUUGAAUUUUUAAGUUUCCCUUAAAAGGGGUUGGUUUAAGCAGCCUUGAGUCUGUUGGCUGGAUUUAUUUUUGCAUUUUCUAUGGAGUUGCUUUGAGUGCUUCUGGUUCUAAUGCCACUCUCUCCAGCUAUUUGGACACUGUUCCAGGAUUGGUGGUCUCGGUUUUGUACCCUUUAAGCCCAGUGUUCCACACUACCAGGGUCAGAACAGAGCCAUACCAGCCCUCAUUAUUUAUCAAAUCGUUUAAAUAUGAGCUAACCACCAUUUCUGUUCCUGACUGAAGCACAUGUAAAAAAAAUCCUUAGUCAAGCAAUGAUCCAAACCUAACACCCCCUCAUGAUUAUGCUGUUACUCCAACAGGCUGAUUGUUUUAAAAAUGUACUUACCCAUCAUUGUGUGAUGGGAGAGUAUUUACUUUCCAUGGUGCCCUUAUAUUAUUUUAACCAUAUUCUUUUGCAAGGAUACACUACCAGUCCCACUGAACAAUACUAUGACAUUCUACCUGUAGAGGUGUACUCUGUAAAAUUAUAUAUUUUGGAUGCAUAAAACCACCAUAAUUUAUAUGAUCAUUUCAAUUCAGAAGUUGUUUUGGAGUUAUGUUUGUUUUGUCUGCCAGUUGUAGUUUCCAAAACCAGCUGUAAAGUACAAAGAUGACCUCUGCUUUCUUUAUAUUGUGAUGUCACCAUGUUGUUUCACCAAUAUCCAGAGCAGUUUUCUGGUUCCAGUUCUACACCUGUUUCUGCAGCUGUACUUUUUGAUAUUUAGGAUUUUAAAUUUCUGUAAAGUAGAUUUUUUGUAGAUUGUAAUACAGUAUGUGUUCACUGCCUUUGUGAAACCAUAUAUAAUUGUAUAAUUUCUGUGUAUACUCUGAAUGCUUUUGCUUUCGACGAGGUAUUCAGAAUCAGCAAUAAAUGUUAACAUUUUUA